AUGGAUACCCUCUUGGUCGCCAUAGACCGGCACGAUUAUGCACACGCGCUCCUGAAGAUCGACCGCCUUAAGAGAUCGUCCAACGAGCCCCUCUUUGUCGUGUACAUCAGCUUUAUGGAGCCGUUCAUUCACUAUUGUGCAUCUCUGCCCACGGCCUUUUCUACGCUCGCUAAUGUUAUUGUAGGCAUUACACCGGAAAUACUGCAACAGAACAUGGGGAACUUACUGCACCUAUGCGCCGGCGCGGGCCUGAAUGAGUAUAUAGCAGACCGUCUUCCGAAAGACCCCGUCGUGACAGUAGAAUCAUUUCCACAUCUGUGUAGAUAUAAAUUAGCAUGCAACGAUUAUGAAGCCAUUGAUAAGCUCCUUGUCGGAAUCGACAAGCAAAGUGACAGGCACUUUUCGAAGGACCAGGCUCUACGCCACCUGCGAUGGAAGGAAGCCUUUGCGCUUAUGGUUGCCAGGAGCCAAGUCAGCCUUCUGACAGAGAGCUCCCCAGCUCAGACCAUUCUCACUAAGAAUGCGCGGACACUUUUCAAGUUAGCUUUGUCUGGCUUCACGCGGAACUUCCUUUCUGAUUUCUCACUUUUUGGUAAGACUGUUCCUCAGGGCAACACGCUCUUUCUCCAAAGCCUCCAUCGUCAGAGUCCUUUGUCUAUUUUGGCCAACUUGGUAGAGUACGACGUCUUUCUUGUCAUAGCAUCCGGUAUUAAUGAACAGGGCAUGUUACAGAACUACCUGUUUGAUCUGAGUAAGUUGGAAGGCAUUUCCUACGAGGCACAGAUGGACCCAACACAGCACAGCUUGGUGUCCGAGACUCCUCUUCAGAAACUUGAGGAUACCGAUCCAGCAACAGAAGAGGCAGUAAUUGUCAAUGCCUCCAACCCGAGCUCUCUAUUGCUCAAGCUCCAUGCCAUACAUCCACGGAUAAUGGUCGUUCGUUCUUUGCUCGCCAAACUCCGAGAUAUGGCUAAUGAUGCGCCACCAGAGCCUCUCUGGAAUCUCGCUUAUGCCGAAUUCUGGGAUGUCUUUCUCUCGCAUGAUGUGGCUGAUGCACUGGAUGUGUGCAGUGUUAUGAGCCUCCACUACCGGCUUCAAAUGGAUAUUAUCUUUCUUCUGAGGGAUGGAAAGAACGCUGCCAGAGCCCGAGCGAACCCUUCUGCGUCUAUAUCAGCGGAGUUUAACUCAUAUCAGUCUGUUUUCACCGGCAAGGAUGCUUACAUUUCCGUCAGGGGUAUUCCCAUGGAGGUCCUCCUCAAGAUAUUAUUUAUUCUAAGUCGCACAACUUAUAAUAGCUUUGAUAUUCUUCCGUUUGGGGUUGCAGAAUCAGCUGAGGAAGGAUCCCUGCUGUUUCUCCAGAGGGAUGUGAACGCAGCAAUAAAACAUAUUAUUCGAACCAUAUUUGAUGCGGUACUGAGUGGAAAGCAACCUCUGUCUGUGCUGAUGGAGGUAGCUAAGAUUGUUCAGGACCUCCGCCAGACGGCAUAUGGGUUUGAGCUGAGAAACUUGGUUGAGAUUAUCAAGUAUGUUUGGGAUAAAGAGGCCCAGUACAAGGAGAACCAUGCUCUAACUGUGUGCGUGAUGUAUGUGGAUAUUGUCUGUAAGUACACGCAGUUCAAGUGGUAUAGCCGUCGAAAUGGAAGUCUUGUUCUGCCAAGCGAAGGCAAGAUUCAAAUGAGAGACAUUUCCAGCCAAAAUAAGGAGCUUGAGACAGUCAGACGCGAUCCCCUGGGAAAUGCUGAGAAUAUACAACGUGCACGAGAAGCUUAUAUGGAACCUUUUACUCUGAAAUCUCUUCAGGUGCACAUGGACACUGUUGCGACCGUAGUUGCAGACCUCCUUUAUAGAGGCAAAGACUUUAAUUCAGUUGUUGACGACACUAUAAUUUUGCUUACGGUACCAAUGCUGAUCUCCUUGCUCAACCUCUUCCAAAACCCAUAUUUCCACGAGUACGUACUGAGGUCCCUUGACAGGUGCAAGACACCUCGAGACAAGAGUGGUCGCUCAGCAAAUGGUCAGGGCUCUGCGAAGAAGUCGCACCAAACCAGCGAAUCACAAAGAUCAGGGUCUCCGUUCUCAGCUUUGGUGUUUAAGCGGCAAACAGAAGCAGGAGAUGACCCCGCUCUAUCUGGGACGGGGGUCACUGCCACCGUGCGGCAAGUGUCCCUCUCCAGUGACUGCAACAGGAGUAUAGAUCGAGCGUUCAUUGCGCUUGUGGACGUAGCAAAUGACCUCUAUGGCCAUCUCAGCGAAAUCUUUUCACAGAAGGGGCUUGCAGAUGCAUAUCCCGCGAUAGUCUCUAACAUGCUCCUCUUGAAACAGCGAAUGCGUACAUUGAACGUAGAGACUUGGAAGACUUCUUUAGAAGAUGAAGUUCUUUACAACUUUUUUGAUGUGGCCAAUCAGCAGUACCAGACAUUUGGGUCGUUCUUCUGGCGAUGGUUCUUGGAGCGCGGUAUUAUUACGCAGAAGCCUGCGCAUACCAUUGUAAGCGGCAUCGGUAGCCUUUCAAUCGAAGACACGUGCUUGCUUCUGGAUGAGGCUGUCGCCCUCGAACAAGAAACUGCCAAGUCUUCUCGAACCAAACGAAAGCCUACCAGGCCGGCCGGAGACACGCCACUGGGCACAUGCAAGAACCCGUUGUGCUUCCCUGCUCAGUAUCUAAACUCACGCAGAUCGGCUCGUUUCCCCGCUGUGCCAUUCGCCUUCAUGCCACUCAUCCAGGGCGCAGCACAGUUUGGGCGUGAAUUUGUGACCAUCACAUACCAAUCUAUAGGCUCAUCAAUGCUCGAGCUUGUUAAUCCUUAUUAUAUGUUUGAUAGUUUGGCGGCCACUGCACGCAUGCAAAUCUCUUCUGCAUACAUUCUUUCAGACUCACUUGAGCUCUUGUACAAGUGGAUGAACACCUGUUUGGGGUACAAGACAAUAAAGAAGAGCAACCUCAUAGGUCUAUUUCUCGGGCUGACUGGCGUGUUAGCGGGAGCUGGCGAGCCCUAUCUCCGGUAUACACAGCACAGGUACUACAUCAUAGACUCCUUUGAUAUGAGCUGCUUUUCGGCUUGCGAGCACCUCUUUAACGAUGGCGGUUAUUGCAAAGAUGAGAACCUUGGGACCCUAUGUCCUUGGUCUACCUCCGUCUCCUCAGGUACGGCGCAGAAGCUUACCAGUGAUGCACGACCUUCACAAAUAGAGACAUCUCUUCCUCUCUCCUCCAACAUACUCUACUCAAAUAUCUGGAACUACCAUUUAGGCAACCAGCCCAGUAUCGCUGCUAAAUCGCUUUCUCUAAGCCCCGGGGUCCUUGCCAGCAAGCUCUAUGUGCCACUGUCACGCCACGAAAGCUUCUCAAACCUACUCAACUACUCAUUGAGGAUGUUCCUCCAAGGAAGAAAUGCAAUCUUCACACGAAGAUUGUCACGGUCGGACGCCAUGGCAACCUUCCUCAUAUAUCAUAUAUGUUCAUACGUCUAUCUACUGAUACAUGGCGCGGACAAGGGGGCAAUAGAGGUAUCGAACAGUGAGCUUACGACCAUAUUCUGCGAUCUGGAAUUUCUUCUGCAGGCAAAGGUCUCCUCUGAUCACGAUCUUGCCAGCAAGGCCUACGCCGAGUUCUUUGAUUACCAUGGGUUUACGCAGCGCCUUCCCCCGAUGGAUCUUCUCUUCAACGUUCCGCUCCUUAAGUACUGGCUUGAACGUCUUGGCGCUCUGACUGUGACCCUCCCUAUUGCAUCUGAAGUCAUCGUUAGGUCUUGUGACCUGUCGGUUACCAUCCCUUUAGUAAUACUCAUCGUUAGCGCAAUUAUCUUUAAGGAGAAGGGCCUAAUGGACGAUGUACAGACAAACAUAGAUGCACUCAUUGAGUGCAUCAGCCGGAAGACAGUGGAUCCGCUUGUCGAGCCCACCAAGCAACUCUGUCUAGCGUGUCUUCACAAUAUCCUCCGGUUCCAUGUCUAA